AUGGGAGUAGAAAGGGGAAGUAGCAAGGGUCUGAAGCAGAUGCUAAAGAGAUGUUCGAGUUUGGGGAAGAAGAGCAACGUCAACGUUAACAUUAACGGCGUCCCCAAAGGUCACUUCGUCGUCUACGUUGGUCACUCCAGAUCCCGACACGUCAUUCCUAUCUCCUUCCUCACACAUCCCAUUUUCCAGAUGUUGCUGCGACAAUCUGAGGAAGAGUUUGGGUUCUGCCAAGACAAUGGCCUAACCAUCCCUUGUGAUGAAAACUUCUUUCGCUCUCUCAUCUCCUCCAUUAAUCCCUGA